GUUGCCAUGUGGAAACUUACUCCUGCUCUUCAAUUAUAUGAGGCUUCUUAUAGGCUCCGGCUUUUCCUGAUACUUGAGGAAAAAAAAACAUAUAUUUAUUGAUGAUGGAAGAAGAGCAAAGCCAAAGAGAGACAGAGACACAGAGCCUGUAUCAGAGAGUAAAUUGGUGAAGUGGAUUGAAACAAUUACGCCAUGGAGUCUCCUAGGAACCAUGGAGGCUCUGAGGAGGAGGAAUACAGCAGUUGUGAGUCAGGGUGGACUAUGUACAUAGAAGACGCCUUCCAUGGAAAUGACCAUUCUUCCGUUGUUGUUGAUGAGGAUGAUGAUGGUGACAUCGAUGAUGAUUCACAGGUAAAGGAGGCUGAUGGUGGUGAUAGUAGUGAUGACGGUGGUGAUGAGGAGAGUGAUGAUUCGAUGGCUUCUGAUGCAUCUUCGGGACCAAGCAAUCAACUUCCAAGGAACAUCAACAAGCAUGCAGCUAGGAAGAAUGGUUCUAAACAAGUAUACCUUCAAAAACGGCAACACAUACAGAAAACAUUAAGCAACGAAGGAGAAAAAUCAGAGCUCAAAGCUAGAACAAGGACAAGUGCAGCUAGUCGUGUCCAGAGUAAAGGCAAGGUGAACAAAACCAAAUAGUACUCAUGCUGUAUAAGAGAAGAAGAUAUAGGGGUUCAA